AUGGUCACUAUUAUCAAGGCCUUCCCUAACCUCAAGGCAUUGAAUUACAGCCUGCCAUCUAAGUUACGGCCAAGAGACCUGGAAAAGCUCCAAAAGUAUGUUCCUCCUAGCCUUCGGAUCUUAGCCAUCUACAAGCUUGGCACUGGUUGGAGGAAGAAUCAGAUCAGGAACAUUGCCGACCUGUUCCCUGAGAUAGACUCUCUUUUCAUCGAAGGGACACUUGAGCCUGGACUACAGAUCCGUGAACUUGCAGAUCUCUUCUCUCGGCACAUCAGGUUGCGGCGCCUCGUGCUUACUGCCCAGUACUGGACACCGUUGAGAAAGCACAAUUAUUGCGCACUCUCAAACCAGCAACUGAAUGGAUUCUAUGAUGCCUGGAAAGCCGAGGCUGCCAGAUUCUUCACGGUCAUCCCAAAUCUUAAAGAAUUUAUCAUUGGCCGCCAGGUCGAUUUGAAGGCGUGCGUUUUUCAAAAGACCGAAGCCAACAACCUUCCACAGCCUGGUGAGGAUCCUGGCUUCCAGUUAGUCGGGGAAUAUACCGAUCCUAGGCCAGCAGCUAGACUCAACAUGCCGCCCAUCGGUGCAGUUGACUCCUGGAGAUGGGACCGGCACGAUGGCAGACGGGGCUGGCCGGGAGAUGACAAGAUUCUGGCCCGGCCAGAUGAGUCGGUUGACGCUGGAUCCAUGGCAGUCCAGCGCGUCAAUCGGGGCGUGACCCCAGCCGGAACGUGGGGCCCGGCUUCGCUUUGGGUCAUGCUGAACUAUCCAGACAUGACCUUGGAUCACUGUGAGACGACCUUCUGGGUAGCCGAGUGGUUGCGCCUCGUCAGAGACCCCCAGUUCAUGAAGGACUAG